AUGUCCGCCUGGGCGCGGGAGCACGGGGCCGCCCACCCCCGGACCUGGGUUGGGGAGUGUGUGGGGGGGGUCUCGGAUAGAAAGGUGCUGGGUGCUCAGUCGCUGGAGGGGGUCUUCAAGGACCCCUCUUACCCCGCGUGGAAGGAGGUGUCAGCAGGGGCGCCCGAGGACCCCAUAAAGAGGCCUCCGAAUGGGGCGCCUGGAAUGCAGAUCGCGGGGUCCCUCUACUCGUCACGGCUCUUGAAUGACGUGCCGAACGUUGACGUGUCCCUGACCUUUGGCCGUGUCCCCUCCCCGCCCCUGUGGACUCCUCCCGACCCGCUCAGGGACAAAGCCGGGGGCUACGGGAUCCAGGCGCUGGCGGCAUGCUGGUGGAGCAGCUGGCCGAGCUCUACUACCCCUCGGGCGCGAGGACCCGCCCGGCUCAGAGCCACCAGGCCGCGGCGGCCGGCGAGGACGGGGAGAACGAACACAGGCUGCGGGCCCAGAGGAGGCCGUUUCCAGCAGGACGGGGCACAGCCCGCCCCGUUCCCCACGGGCCUGCUGGAACUCGUCGACAGCUUCAAAGCUUCAAAGGCCCUGUUCACGGCCUGCAAGCUGAAGGUGUUUGAUUUACUCAAAGACGGAGCCCCCCUGAAGGCCGUGGACGUUGCCGGCAAGCUCGGCGCCUCCGCGUGUGGGACGGGACGGCUGCUGGACGCCUGCGUGGCCCUGGGGUUCCUGCAGAAGACGGACAGAGGUUACAGCAACACAGAGACGGCCAACCUGCACCUGACGUCGGACGGGGCGUACUCCCUCCGCGGCCUCGUCUUGCACCACAGCGACCACCCCUGGGACCUCUCCGCACGCCCGGAGUCGGCCGGCCGAGACGGGGUCGACCCCCACGACGGGGCCCUGGGCGAGAGGACGGGACCCCCGUGCCAGGCGUCCUGCGCCCACAGCGAGGAGACGAGGCUGGGGCUCCUGCGGGCCAUGCACAGCCUGGCCAAGCUGACCGCACGCCACGUGGCCACGGCCUUCGACCUGUCCCGCUUCGGCUCCGCCUGCGACCUGGGAGGCUGCACGGGCGCCCUGGCCUACGUGCUCGCCCGGGAGUACCCGCGGCUCCGGGUGACCGUGUUCGACCUCCCAGAGGUCCUCCAGCACGUCGCGGGUUUCCAGCCCGACGGACCGCGCACGGAGCAGGUCAGCUUCCUGCCAGGCGACUUUUUCGAAGACAGCCUCCCGGAGGCCGAUCUGUACGUUGUCUCCCGAAUCCUGCGUGACUGGCCGGACGGCAAGGUCCACGAGCUGCUGAGCCGCGUGGCGCGUGCCUGCAAACCAGGCGGCGGCCUCCUGCUGGUGGACGUGGCGGCGGGGCCCGAGGCGGAGGCGGAGGCGGAGGGGCUGCGGCGGCGGGCCGGCGGGGAGCGGAGCGCGGCCGUCUACGCGCACCUGCUGCGGCGCCUCGGAUUCGCGGACGUGCGCGCGGCGGGCGCGGGGGGCCGUCCGCUCGCGCUCCUGGGCACCCGGGGCGCCCCCUGACCCGCGCUGUCCCGGCCCCCGCGCUGCCCCCGCGGGAUGCAUGAGUCCGGCCCCAGGGCCCGCUCCCGGGUGGGGUGGGAAAACGGGGUGCCGUGGGGCGCGGUGAGGGCGGCCCCCAUGCCUCUCCCACCGCCCGCCGUCCUCGCGCCUCCGCCACCUGCGCCAACGCGGGGCCCCGUGAUUGACAGCUCCGUCGGCCACGCCCACCCUGCACCGCGCGUGCGCGCGCCCAGCCUCCCCCCGCGCCCACCCGGCCGGGCUGUUCCCGCCAGUGUCGCUGAUCCGUGUUGGGCAAACAGCAAGCCCCCGCGAGGAACUCGGCACAGCAGGCAGCUGCAAGUGUGGAGCACCUUAGACGGGGCUGUUCGGAUACAAGGUCGCCAUUAGGAAACACUGUCACCAGUAGAGACGGUUUCUGAAACAGACUGUAACCAAAAAGAAUUAGGAGCGCCAGCGGAAGGACCUGCAACUGGAACACACGACCGUGCACUCAGGGCUUUCGGAGGAAAAGGGAAAAAAAAAAAUUGUUAGAUAAAACGCCCAACUGUGCGAUGGGGUCACCUUCCCACGGGCCCCCCUGUGGGUGUGACAGGUCACUCUCGCUGUCCAGCUCAGGCCAGCACAGGUAACUAACGGACAGACCUACGGGCCUUUGUAUAAACUGUUUCUCUGUGCAAGAUAUUUUAUUUUAUUUUA